AUGAGGGAAGCACUUCCUUUAGUGUUAGCAGUAUUGCACUUCUGUGCAACACCACUGAACACAGUCCCCACUCCAGAUCUUACUGCAGAAGAAAACAAGAUCCAUCUAAACCCUAACUUAGAGGAUGUGGUACCACCUCUUGAUGCCCAGACUACAGUAGUCAAUUCUGAUACUCCCCCAGAUUUAGUGUCCGCGGAGGAGGGGAGCUCAGCAUUCAUGUUUGAGGAAAAUGUCAACUUAAAGUGGGUUAGCUGGGAAGGCUCACUUCCAAACGGGUCAGUAAGCAUCUACAAUGGUUAUGCAGAACGCAUCGACUAUGUGUGCAAAUUCAACUGUGAAGCUGGAUUCUACACCCCAAGCAAAGGCUCAUACUGCAAAUACCCUUAUGCAAAUUCUGAGUAUAGUGCACCUAAGUUUGAGGUGUUAGUCAAUGAAGACCAAUUUGAGUUCCUGGAAUGGAAAGAAGGCUCCUAUGGUUCUGUGCCCCAAUAUUCAGUAAAGACUUGUCCUGGAAUUGACAUCUUUGUCGGCAAAAACAAAUAUGGGCUAGGUAAAGUUGUUACUAAACACGAGGCCUUCUUCCUGCCUUGGGAAGGUGAGGAAUACUGGUACAAGUCAUAUGAUGCCCUGGCCAUUAACAGGGAUGCCUACAGCCAGCAAAUCUCCCAUAUUGUGUAUGCUGUUGACCAGGUCAAGCUCUUCCAUCAUCCACCAGAGACCAUCCAAAUGGCCAGGGCCACCAACUAUGAGUGCUCCAGCAUAGAAAAAACAGUCCUUUUGCAGAAGACUAGCACUGUAGAGAAGUUCUGGGACAUUGGUCGACAAACCCGCAAUGGAUCCACCUCAACCAUGAUUGGGAAAAUCCCAAUCAUCAACCCAGACAAUGUGGACUUCACCAAAGAACAAGCAGUGAGUUUUUCUGAGGGGACAAAGAUGGUUGAAACCAUCAGUCACUCCAUGUCUAUACAGGUCUUGGUUCCACCAAACCAUUCAUGCUUAGUGAGAAUGGAGGCGAGAAGGAUGACUGCUGAUAUCCCGUUCACAGCCCGACUGAGUCGUACAUACAAGAAUGGAAACACUCACUGGACCACUGUCACUGGGACAUAUGAUGGUGUGAAGAUCGGAGAAAUUAAUGCUGUGGUGGAACGCUGUAAUCCUAUCCCUGAUGCUCCUCCAUGCUUUUAUGGAAGUGACUGA